AUGGUCAAGAAUGAUAAGAGGAGGAUUAGAGCCAAGUGUUUUGGUUCAAAUGAUCCAGAGAAACCAUGUAAAUGGGUGGUAUAUGCAGCUAAAGUUAUGACCAAAUCUACUUACCAGGAAUGUUACCUCAUAGCUAAGAGGUAUAUGGAUGAUUUAAGAAUAAAUCCAGGGAUGCCUAUCGUUGCCUUUAAAGAGAGAGUGAGAAAGGAACUAAAAGUUGAUGUUUCUAGGAACCAAUUGUACAAGGCAAAAAGAAAAGCUGGUAAGUUCAUAUAUGGUAAUGACAUGGAACAGUAUGGGAGACUGUGGGACUAUUGUGAGAAGAUAAGGAGGUCUAACCCAGGCUCAACUGUGGUAAUGGAUGCACCAUUAGAUGAAGUCACUCGGCAACCAAGGUUCAACAGGUUGUACAUUUUCUUACCAGCUAUGAAGAGUGAGUAUCUAAGAGGUUCCAAAAAGAUAAUAGGUGUAGAUGGCUGUCACUUGAAAGGGGAAUACAGUGGGCAGCUCCUUACAGCAGUUGGUGUGGAUCCAAACAAUGCUAUGUAUCCUAUGGCAUGGUGUGUGGUGGAGGUUGAGAACAAGGACACAUGGACAUGGUUUCUUACACUUCUAAAGAUGGACCUCAAUAAUACAGAAGCCAAUGAAAAUGAAUGGACAUUCAUCAAUGAUAGACAAAAGGGAUUGUUGCCAGCAAUUAAUGAAAACAUGGAAGAAGACCCUACAGCAUAUGAAUGGUUAGCCAAAAUACCCCUAAGUCAUUGGAGCAUAUCACAUUUCCAGAAAAUAGUGAAAUGUGACAUGGUAUGCAACAACUUGUGUGAAGCAUUCAACAGAGCCAUAUUGGAAGCUAGGGAUAAGCCAAUCAUAGAAAUGUUGGAGUGGAUUAGGUGUUAUUUGAGCAAAAGGAUGGUGAUUAGAAAAGAGUGGAUCAAAAAAUUCAAUGAUGAGCUCUUGCCUAACUGUUAUAGCAAGUUGGAGGCAUUGAAGGAUAAGGCAGCACCUUGUCAAGCUAAAUAG